AUGUCCAUCUACUCCUGGACAUUCUACACCAUUUACAAAAACUGUAGUAACGAAUACCACAACAUUGAUCACAUCCUCUGUGUGCUGAUCUUCCCACCGUUCAGCAGCUAUCGUCGGUUUCUGAUCCACAGGGUGUGCGCAAGUCGAUCGUUCAACCAGCAUGAGAUCGUAACCUUCUCCAUCGGGAUCGGUGACGAACGGCGCACGGUCGUAUGCUUUCGCCACCAGCUACUCCAGGACGUGAAGGCAAACAUUGGGAAACGGUUCGAAGAAUCGGCGGCCAGUGGCGAAUACGGUACAACUGCGGCGAAACCUUCUCAUUACGCCAGCUGGCGUAGUUCAACGACACCACCGACAGCGUCCACCAGUACCAUCACUACCACUAACAGCAGCUGUGGUGGUAGGCAUCAACAGUCCGGUGUCGUGUGGCCUCCGACAGCCGAGUGA